UCAACAGAAAAAAUAAAAUAAAAUCUGAAAGUUUCUGACUUUCAAAACCCUUUUAUAGGGUUUCUGAUUGGAAGAGAAGGAAUUUGAAUUUCUUGGUAUUUCUGGCAACAAUGGAGGAAGCAAAUAUUGAAACCGAAAAACCCUCGCAAACUCUAAUCGCUUUCCCUCCUCACUGUCGAAGACACCUCAAGAGCGGAACGUACCGUACCUUGGUUCGAAUACUAUCUCACUGCUACGACGAGUCGCAGCAUUCAGCUGACGAUCAAAAUGUACCUCAAGAGCUUAAUCAAGAUAAUGGCAGCAUCGAACCAGUGCAAGCAACUGAAAAAGAAGUGCUGGAGAAUGUUGAAUUGGUUGGUCCUGGCAGUAUGGAGCCUAAGAAUUCGGCAGCUGAAGAAGUCAGAGUGGCUGAUGAGAGUUGUAAUCCUAAUGAUUUUCAGGAACAAUUAGAGCAGAUAAAGAGUAUACUGAACGUGGAAGAAAAUGAGGAUUUUUCAAAACUGAACGAAGUGAUGGACAUCGAAAAUAUCCUUGCAAUUGAUUUUCAAGAUUUGGAUUUCGAUCCUGAGCAGAUUCUGAUGGAUGAGCCAGAGCGGAUGGCGAAAGGAAAUGAAGACGACACUCAUAGACCCUCAGCCACAUCAUUGGACCAGAACCAGAGUGGCAGUGAUAAGGUUGCAUUGUUGACUAACCAAGAAGAACAUGAUGCAACAGUGAUAUCUGAAAGUUCGGUUCAAAUGGUUUCUGGAACACUUGAUUCAUCUUUACAUACUAUCGUGAUGGGUGAAAGUUCAAAUCAAAGAGAGUCUAAUGAACAAAAUUCCUUGUUGAUGACUAACAGAUUGGAUGUAGAGCCUAUAAUGCAACAGAAAGCAAUGGAACUGGAGACUUAUGUAUCUUCCGAAGGUGCAAAGGAAUCUUUUGUUCCCAUUACUGAAGUUGGAGCGAUUAAGGAGCCAGAAAACUUUAGUCAAAAGGUCCCUGACUCCUUUGAUUUCUCUUUAAAUAAGGAUAUGGUUGCUGAAGCUUCAAAGCCUGCUGAGUAUAGCAAAGACAAAAGUUCUUCACCGAAAAAUAAUGAUUUAGAAGUAGAACAUGAAAUGCAGCAAAAGGAUAAGGAACUGGAGGAAAUAGUUUGCACCAGAACGGCAAUAAAUUCUCCCAGCCAUAUGAGUGAAGAUAUUGAAGAGGGAGAAAUUUCUAGUGACGAUGGGAUGGAUGACAGAUCGAAUGAUGUGCUUUUGCAUGAUACAGUAGUGUUGGAGGAAAAGAAAGUUCCGGAGGUGCAGAUAUUUAAAGAUGUACUUGAUAGAAAAGAGCACUCUUGUGAGGUAGCAAAUGACAAAGAUUUUGGCUCCAAUUCCUUUCUGGUGGACAUGGUUGACGAAGGCAAAAUUGAUAGAGGGGCGGAACUCAGAGAAAGUAGUAGAACUGAGAUGAUUUGUAGACCAGGGGUUGUUGAGGGUAAAAAUGUGAAAGCCUUAAAGGUAGAUGACUCUAAUCCUUUGCUAGAGGGUGGAAGAAUUGAAAUGCAAGAUAAUGGAGUGAGGAUGGGAAUUGGAUGUCCCGCAGCCGGAAACCAUGGAAUCACAUCUGAAGAAAAGUGGGAUGAUGGUGCCUGUAAUAAAAGAAAGCGUGGUCCUCCAACAAAGGAAAAGAAAGAAAAGAAAAAGGCUAAAGAACGAAAGAAACGAGCGGAAAAGAACAGGGAACUUGGUGUUAAAAGGCUGAAACUGCAUCCAAUACAGAAAGCAAAAACUGUAGCAUAUUGCCGCCAUUUUGUGAGGGGAAGAUGCCAUGAGGGUGACAAGUGCAAAUUUUCACAUGAUACGGUGCCUUUAACAAAAUCCAAGCCCUGCGUCCAUUUUGCUCGUCAGUCGUGCAUGAAGGGUGAUGACUGCCAAUAUGAUCAUGAGCUCUCCAAGUAUCCCUGUAACAAUUUUAAAGAAAAUGGUUUCUGCAGCAGAGGUGAUCGUUGUAUGUUUUCACACAAGAUGCCAUCCAAUGAAGAUAGUGCAACUGCUGCAUGUAAACCUGAAUUGAAGCCUCCUAUGGUGCUGAAUAAUUCCAGAUCUCAACAAGUAAACACUGGUGGUGCCUCCCAGCAGAAUGUCCAUGCUUUGGCCUACUCAACGGGGAUCCAUUCUCGCAAUAAUACUAAACAGAAUGUGACACAGACUGUUUUGAAACAACCUGAACCAGCUAACAAAGGGAUUAGCUUCCCCUCUAUCCCGAAUUCAUCGUUGGUUCAUUCCAGUAUGUCUAAACAAGGCUUAGCCGCAGAUAGGAAUAAUGGUGCCAAAGCUGGGAACCAGAUAGAUCAAAGUCCAUUAAGUUCUGUUCAAAAUUCCACUGAGAUUUUAAAGAGAACUCCACCAGUAACCACUCCUAAAGGAAUAAAUUUUUUAUCAUUUGGCAAGGCUUCACCAGAUGAUGCAAGGGGUAAAAACCAAGUCAGCCGUCAGACAGGCCCAUGUGUCUCAGAGACUGUCAAAAACUUGAAUCGGAUGCUAAAGGCUAAUCAAUCGGCUGCACCGCAUGGAACACACUUUAAUCCUUUCGGGAAAUCUUCGGUAGCUAGUUCUAGUAGUGAGAAACCGGUUAGCUUGCCUUCAUUUUGGAAUAAUGGUAGCAAUAUUGAUUCCUGUGAGAGUCAAACUACAGCUGAUAAACCUCAAAAUUCAAGCGGAAUCUCGUUGAGGCUGCCACCUUCUCCACUUACUUCAGGUCAAUCUUCAGAUCGCAUAGCAUCCAGGUUUUGUAAAGACACAGCAAAUUCAUUCCAGAGGGGACUCUUUUCUACCCUAGCAUUUGCAGCAAAGUAUACAACCCAAAACAUGAACCAGUCAAUUGGCUCUACUGGUGCUCAAGUUGAUAAGGAAACUAGGAAUAGCAGUAUCAGUGACAGGUUUGCAGAAUGAUUCAGCAAAAGCUUUUAGAAUUUUAGAUUUCUCAUCCCUUAUUGGUAGAAACAUCAAGCAGUUUGCAUGGUGUUAAACAGUGAAUUGUGCCUUGGGCAGAAUUGAGUGACAAGAAGGGUCACCUUGCAACCAGAAUCAAGAUUGUUAUUUGUUCAGUUUGGUCAAAUACACCAGAAAAAGAACAAAGCUAUUAGGUGGCAUCUCGCGUGCCCUUUGUCUGCACAUGUAGUAAGUCACUCACUCGUAUAAUUUCAGCAGCUGUCAGCAAGGUACAGUUUGCAGUUUUCUUGUUUACACUAUUGAAAGUAAUAUUUCCUUAUAUUUCUUUAAGAGGCAGUUGUGAGUCUAACAGGUAAAGGCUAACUUUAAUUCUUUUGUUGUUUUAUUUUAUUUUUCAAAAGGAAUUUAUAGGAGUUUGAUGGCUUCAAUAUAAUGGAUUUUGGUGACUGAGGAUCUUCUUCAUUGAAUGAAUUUCAAGCUGGCUAAACUUUUGUAACUGUAAAUUGAUUAUACUCUAUGGAUACCAAUCUCAUGUGACUGCCAUCUUAACCUUGUUCUUGUUGCUUUCAUGCUCCCGUUUAGGAAAAAAACCUAACUUUUUUAGUGCCUUGUUAUAUGGAGGACAGAUGUUCUUGAAUACAACAUUUGCAUCCUUGUUUCAGUGUGGAAAUCCAUCCACCUUCGUCCGCAGCCGGAAUCAAUCUUAGGUAUUGGCUUUACUUACCAACUUGCAAUGGAUUACUUUAGGGCUACUCUGAACAUGGUUAGCAGAUUGCAGGUUACUUGUAAUAGGAGGCUUGUUGAGUCGUAUGCCCAUUUUUAUCCUUUCUUGCUUCCUAUUGGGAAGUUUGACAAUUAGAUUGAAAGCCAAAGAUGUCAUUACAACAAAAGCUGGGCUGUGAUGCAUUUCCAUGUGCCAAAGAAAGCAUUGGAAUAUUAUUGAAAAGCUGCAGACAAUUACAGUAUCAAUGCACUAACCUAUCUGCUCUCUGCUAAUAAUCCAAACUAGUCUUGGAUCUGAUGAAGGCUAGAAAGGAUCUACAUGUUGAUGUUGUCUCCAAUCCAGGAGUCAAAUUUACAUUAUUUGUUUGUAUUGUACCACACAAUGAAAUUACAUCUCAUAUCGUAUAGGCUUUUCUGCAGUCCAUGUGAAUGAAAUGAGUUGUGGACAA